CCUAUAAAUACCAAUCAACACCCACAAGAGAAGGCCCAUGACAGUGCUGCUACCUCACAUCAUGUAUAUUUUGGUCAUCUCUCUUCUUCAUCAGUUGUCCAUCUGAUGAACUGAACUCCUCGAGUCUUUUCUGCCUCUCAUCGUUUGUCCACGUAAACCCAAGAAGCCUUCGACUCAUCCUUCCAUGCCGAAACACUUCACCUAUUCACUUCUUGUCAAGCUUCGUCAUCCACCCUCCCCAUUCCCUUCCCUGUCGAAGAUGAAGAAGGCUGUUUCUUUCCUCAAGCAGAUCGGUACUGUUCUUGCAGCACUACUGAAGGCCAAGACCUUGGGCGUCAAGAGCAAAGCCAGGCUCAUGUUCUUCGACCUGCUUCGGAACAAGAAACUCCUCAUGAGUGCAAUCUCCGGCAAGAUCCAGGCACUAAAGGGCCAAGUUAAAGGUGGCCAUGGUGGCGAGGGCUACGGCAAGGCAAUAGUGAUGUACGAUGCUGCGAGGGAGGAGGUUCCUCCAAGCCCAGGGCUUAUGGAGCCACUCGAGUAUGUUGAAGAAGAAGACUACUCGGACCUAACGCACUGUCUCUUUGACAUAGAUGAGGAUGACAGUACGUCCUCCGUCGUAGAUUUGGUUCCAAGUCCUCGAGACGAUGGUUUAUAUUUCAACAUCGAGGACGAGAUCGACCAUGUCGCUGAUGUAUUCAUCAGGAGGUUCCGCAGGGAGAUGAGGUUGCAGAUGCAGGACUCACCGAGAAGGUACCAGGAAAUGUUCGACACAAGCACUUGAAACAAAACAAAGACAUGCCCUCAUUUCUUCUA